AGCCUUGGUUCCCCUGUUUAUGGAGCGCUUGUUAUUGCUCGUCAGUUUGAAGUGGACGUUUGUCCGCAUACUCCAACUCGUCCAGCUGCUGAGUGCCUCGCACAUCUUGCCCGUCGUGCUACUAAAGGGAAAACGAAAUACGUCAUUGCCACUAAUGUGUAUUUCAUGAAAUACGAUGGCAGCACCGAUGUGGUGAAAAUGCCAGCGAAAAGCAGUUCUCCAGUCACUGCUCUAGCAUGUGGAAAUUUGAGAGGAAGAGUGCGAAUGAGGCCCGAAUUGAUAGCAAUAUCGGCGGACGGUUUCCUUCAGUGCGUACAUCCGCCGUAUAGCCAUGCUUCGAGCGUGUACAGCCAGAUAGUUCAGGUAAGUGUUUGUUAUCUAGGAAUGGUCUGA